CCACCCUCCAACACUAUUCGAGACGGCGCCAAGCUCCUGCCAGUCCCUUCAAAAUGUCGGUUCAGCACAAGAUCCUCCGCACGGCGAACGCGCCAAACACCACCCCCGAUGAGAUUGAGACCGCCGUCGCGCAGGCGAUCAUCGACCUCGAGAACAGCAACUCGGACCUGAAGACCGAGCUCAGGCCCUUGCAGAUCUCUGCCGCUCGUGAAGUCGAUGUUCGGGGUGGCAAGAAGGCUAUCGUUGUCUUCGUGCCCGUACCGCAAUUGAAGGCGUUCCACAAGGUUCAGGCCAGGCUGACCCGUGAGCUCGAGAAGAAGUUCUCCGACCGCCAUGUUGUGUUUGUUGCGCAACGCCGGAUGCUGCCCAAACCGACCCGCACCUCCCGUGUCAAGCAGAAGCGCCCCCGUAGCCGGACCCUCACCCAGGUCCACGAGAAGAUCCUCGAGGACCUCGUCUUCCCGUCCGAGAUUGUCGGCAAGCGCACUCGCGUUGCCGUUGACGGCUCCAAGCUCCUCAAAGUCUUCCUCGACUCUAAGGAUGCGACAUCAGUCGAAUACAAGCUCGAUUCGUUCUCCUCUGUCUACCGCCGGCUGACAGGGAAGGAUGCUGUGUUCGAGUUCCCGGUCGUCGCGCAAGAGUGAGGUGCUCUGACGAGGGGGUUCGGAUGUUUCGUGCCGGCGAGGAUCGCCUGGGACCCAUGUCAUGUUGUUUCUGCAUUCCAAAAUAUAUGGCAGAUAUGCUUCGCUAUAGCAAACCUGAUUGUGUGAUAUGCUGUUUUUGUCUUUCUUAUCACAGAUAUCGC